AUAUUUAGAAUUCAAUUAGACAUAACUUAUCUUUGAACAAGAGUUUUGUUCGUGUCCCUCGUCCAGUGAAUGAACCAGGCAAAGGCUCUUAUUGGACUGUAGAUCAAUAUGCUCAACUCAAUGAUACUAAAAUCAAAUCUAAUCACCGUGGCAAAAGACCCGCACCUGAACUUAGCCGAACCUUCAGUGACCCUUGGCCAACUGCUCGCAGAUCUCUGUCUACUGAUGCAGGACCAAUUCGUAACUAUGGAUACUGUCUUCAUCCAUAUGCCUAUGAUAGGUCCUACCCCUAUCCUUCCUAUCACCGCUAUCCACAAGAGGCUUCUUGGUUGCCUGCUAGACACAACUCCACAGUGACCUACUCUCUCCCUCCCUCAGCAAUGACAAAUCUCAAGAACUACGAAAACUUUUAUGAUGUGCGCUCAAACUAUACAUCCAAUACCCUAUUUUACCCACACAGGCAGUCAUGUCCAGAUUUGACCAAUAUUACCUAUCCUGAAACAGAUGCUGUCCCUAACUUUUGCCUCCGUGAACCUACCGAUGUAUCACCAUCAUGUGAUAAGGUGCUGUACAAUAGUAACCAAUCAGACAUCCUGAAGAAUACCCCAUUCGAUUACAACCAAUCUAAUGAUACCAAAUUAGUCGAUCAAUCCAACUUCUAUCAACAAGGUGCAAACUUGCCUUCACCUAUCGCAUCACCCAUCAACAUGUCUUCACCCAUCGACAACAACAGUAACAACUACAUCAGUGAUUGCUUAACAUCAUCUUCUUCACCUCUUGUUAUCACUAACCACAGCUCACCUAUUGAGGAUGCAUUAAAGUCACCCUAUUAUAACCCUUUAAACUAUCUUGACAUGGUGCCUCAAUCACAGGAAGCAUCAUCCGAAAGCCUGGGGUCAUCUUGUUCCUCUUCACCUCAACCAUCAUCUGGUCUAGGAAAGCCAUUCACAGAAUCUCCAAAGUUCCUGCAAUUCAUGUCUGAUAAAGAUACCAUCAAAAGUCAACAAGAGCACAACAUGAUUUCUACAGACGGUAGAUUUGAAUUUCAAGCAUUGUAAAACAUCAUAUACACAUACACACACAUACAUUAUACUUCAAACAAGUGCAAGCAACAUUCAUACCUA